AUGAAUGCAAUUAUCUCAAUGAUAGCAACUGCUCUUGCCUCCUUUAACUUAAAAGAAGAGUUUCAGGCCUAGGUUUUUUACAUGAAUUAUGACCCAUUGAAUAAACCAAUUAGUGAUAAGAUUUAAUUCUUGCAAGAAGUUUGGAUUGCUGCAAAUGAACUUGGAUUUUGCAUUUAUCCUGCUGCUGUCCUUCAUAGCGCUCUAUUUAUCAAUCCUUAUCUUGAGACUAUUGGAAUAGAUGAAAGAUUCAAGCAUGUUGUAAGUCCAGAAAGACUUAAAACUGGAUUCAAACAUAUGGAUAAGCCUUCUCAAGACUAGAUUCCUUAUGUAUCUCAUCAUGUAUGGCUAACUAAUCCAAAGAAUCCAAAAGAAAUGCUUUCAUAAACUGAUGGAUAUCAUUUAAUAGGAUACGACUUUCAUUUGAAUGUAACAUAUACAACAUUGACUAAACACAACUUCACAACAUAUCUCUGGACAAAUAAAAUUGAUGCAAUUCCUGAAACAUAAAAAUGGGCUCAAAAGCAAGGGAUUAUAAUGAGAGAGCUUUCAGAAUUUGAGAGUAUGGAAGAGCAUAGGCCAGUUUUAGAGGAAAUCGACCGAGCUAUUGAAUAGAAAAAUUAUGCUGGAGGUGCUGAUAUUGCUAGACUUUUGAUUUUGUAUGAAAUUGGAGGAUUGUACACUGACCAGGAUCAUCAGAUAAUUUAAUAUGAUCCACUUCUCAACAAAUUGAAUCUUUUUUUCUACGAAUAUACUAAUGUCGGAUACCACACUAUUGAAAAUUCAAUGAUAGGAGCAAGUCCAAAGAAUAAGUAUAUCUUAGAGGCUAUGAGGGCUAUUAUUCGCACAAGGCAAGGUGAGGUUAUUCCUCAUUUUGAGUCAAUCUGUUUAUAGUAAUCUGAGCGUUAUAUUCACUUUGUGUCUGGACCGUAAAGAAUGUCAAGGGUGUUCAAUUAGAUGUUAAUUAACGGUGACUUAGAUGAUUAGUUGUAUUUAGUAUUGGAUGAGAAAAUCACAUUCGAUGGAUGGGAUUACACUAAUAGUAGAUAUGGAAAAAAGUACAAUGAUGUAGUUUUCAAAGAUGGAACGCAUAGACUAUCAGUUCAAUUUAGACACCUGCCAACAGGAACAUGGAUGGAUCGUGAUAAAGAAUUAAACAUGUAUGGCUGGUAAAAUAAAAAACAGUGA